GUAUGCAGUGUCUGUUGAAUGUUAUUGAACAUAACAUUCCGAAAUUUUGAAGAACAUCGAUGACAGUGACACGUGUUUUUGACUUUAGCAUAUAAUUGAGGUUAACGUACUGUGGUGAACACGCGUAUAACCUGUCAAAAGUGGAACAUUAAGGAUGGAAGAAGAAGAAAAGGGAUGUCAAGAUGAAGAACCGAGUGAAUUUUAUUUCGAAUCCGACCACUUAGCAUUAAAGGGAAAUAAAGAUUAUACUACUCUUUUAAAAACAAUUGUAAUUCUCGAAGCGCAACGAGCUCAAGCUAUAGAAGAUUUGGACAAACUUUUGUCUAUUCGUUCCAAAGCAUUGAAGGAUCCAAUAUCCUUUGUGGCUCAAAUACAGAAUGGUGAACUACCAGAAUUACCAGGCCCACAAAAGAUUGCUGAAAUUCCUUACAUUGAUUGGUCACAAUAUAAUGUGGCUGCUCCUGAUAUGCGUAUGAGACCGCAGACAAGGCAUGGACAUGUGUUACCUCAUGUAUCAACAAAGACAGAGCAAGAGAAUGGAAAGAUACUGGUAAGAGGACGUGCUUUUGACGAAAGUAAACCAGAAACAUUCAAUCAAUUAUGGACAGUAGAAGAACAAAGGAGAUUGGAGGAACUAUUGAUCGAGUAUCCACCAGAGGAAGUGGAAAUGAGGAGAUGGACUAAGAUAGCUAAUGCUUUAGGUAACAGGACUCCGAAACAAGUUUCUAGUAGAGUGCAGAAGUACUUUAUUAAACUCCUGAGAGCUGGUUUACCUAUACCUGGUCGUGGUCCAAAAGUGAAGUUAGAUGUUAAAAGAGGAAUGGGACAUAGACAUCAACGCAAUAAUUACUCAUUAUUUAGACGGUCUACAUUCUUUCCUCAUCAGGAUAUGUCUUUUACCAUGCCUGAUGAAAGCAAAGAGCAGCCAGUUACAGAAGAAUCUGAAGACGAUAUCGGAAAUAGUACUAUCGAUGAUAAUCCUGAAUUAAGGCAUAUCGAAUUAUUAAGACAAGUGAAAGCUGAAAAGGAGGAAAAUUCAUCUUCUGUAUUUAAACAUGUCGGAUAUAAGUGUUCAAUAUGCGGAGAAGAACCAUUAACAGGCACGAGAUGGCAUUGUUCAGAAUGUCAAAACGGAUUUGAUUUGUGUGGCGAUUGUGCAGUAGCGCAGCUAGAAGAUGAAAAGCCACUACAUGAUAUACUACAUAGACUGAUUCCUAUAAAACCACCUCAGUAUACUAGAAGUUACGAUUUAGAUUAUUUCCCGCAAAGUUUUAGUAAUUCUUCUUAUAAUUAUCUAGAUCCUAAUUUCUUACCAGAAUAAUUGUAUAAAAUUUGUACUGCCACAG